GUGGCGGACAUAAAGAAGGCGAACCGCAUUUCGACGGACUCGCAGAUGUUCGCGAUGAAGUUCAUUCGCGUUCCGCUCUCCGCCUCACUCUCCACCUCGCCUCCGCUGCUCUCCCCCACCUCCUGCAACCGUGCCAGUUCCAGUCACGCGGGGAACAGCCAGCAGCGCACAGAGCAGCACGGCACGGGCAGCUCGUCGCCAGCAGCCACCACCAGCGCCGUCAUGGCUGGUGGCAGCGGCAGUGGCAGCGGGGGCGGGGCGGGGUCGCUGUCGGAGGCCAUCCUGCAGCUGGUGUCGGCGCAGGCAGCCGCGGAGCACGCGGAGGCCCACAGCCGCAACCUGGCGGCGGCAGAGGCAGCGGGGCGGGCGCGCGCGUCGACCUUCUUCUUCGUGCAGAUGCGUGAGGCGGAGCAGUACGUGUCCUCCGAGGGCGAGGAGCCCUCUCCCCCCUGCCAGCGCGGCACGUCCCUGUCAGAAGGCGAGGGCGAUGAGGGUUCACGCCGCCUGUCGUGGCUGGGCGGAGGGGUGGGGGGUUUCUACUCUGGUGCCCAGAGCAGAGGCGCCAACAGAAGCACGUGGACUGGGGAAGCCAGACAGACCAACGCACAAGAGUUUGGGUGGGGCUUGGGCGUGGAGGAGGGCGGAGGGGGAACAAGCACUUGGCGGGGGGGAUAUGGUAGUGAGGGGGAAGGGGGGUGGGCGAGUGGGGAGGAGGAGGUGGGAGGCAGAGGGGGUGGGGCGUCUAGACGGCGGCGGACAGAGCAAUCAGCAAGCGGGAGUAGAGCAGGCAGGGACGGGGGAGUGGGAGUGUGGGGGCUCAUGUCAUCAUCAGGGCCGGGGCUGUUCGUCCGGGGUGGGCAGGAGGGGACAGGGUCGCGCACAGCAGCGGCGAAUCUGGGGGCGGCAGCGCGGUGGGGGGGGCGAGUGGUGGAGGACCUGCUGUGGCGCUUCCACAAGUCCACCAGCUUCUCCACCUUUGAGAACGCUGGCCUGCUCAACGCCUCUGCUGUUGCUCCGGGCCUGACGCGCUCUCCUCUGCGCCGCGACCCCAGUGGCAGCCUGAGCACGGGCAUCGACCUGCCCUCCACUCGCAGCUGGUCUCGCCCGUCGUCCGCCGCGGGCGCUGUGGAGGCGGGGGGCAGCGGUGACGGGUCGGUGCUGCUGGGGUGCAGCAUGCCCAUUAAAGGGGGCGAGGGUGGGGUGUGUGACGAUGGCAGUAGCACAGCGGUGGGCGGAUCUGCUGUUUACGGGAGUGUGACACGGCGAGGUGUGAGCAGCAGGAGGGGUAAGGGUGUGCCUGCUGACAUCGUUGGCUGA